AUGCCCUGGCGGCCUCUGCCUCGGAUUGCCUUCGCCGUUGCCAUAUAUCCUUUCCAGCCGUCGACAGCGGCCGACCUGCCGCUAGAGCUUGGCGAUGAACUAUACAUAAUCGAGCAGGGCGGCGUCAAUGGAGAAUGGUGUCGUGGGUACCUGGUCGCGCCGCCGUCGAUCUUGGCGGGUCUGACGAGCACCAAGGGCCAAACUCUCGAAGCGAGGGUUUUCUCCGGCAUCUUUCCUCGCAAUUGUGUUGAGAUUCGGGAAGUGCUCGGCGACAGCGACGGGCAGAAAGCGCUGACGAAUGGCGAUCGAUUGAGUGUUGAUCGAGGAGCAGAGGAUCCGGUGAUAGACGCGAGAAGCAGCGUCGCUUACUCGCAGGAUGAUGAGCAUCUGGCCGGUGAGGUAUCGGAUGUCAUCAUUGCCAAGAAAGGCAAACCCUCGCAGAUCUUUAUCCAGAGGCUCGAGGACGGUCAAGCAAGUCCGGCCUCCAUCAAUCACAUCAUCCAGACACCCUCGCUUCCUCAUACGCCGGUGACGCCAGUGACCCUGACCCCUCGCGAUCCGAAUGCGCCCAAGCCAGCUGCCCCGGUUCCAAUGCUCAAGAUCGGUGACGAGACCCCUACCUCGUUGUCGGAGCCGCUGGUCGACGAGAUCGCAUCAUGUCUGCGCGAAUGGCAUUCGACGAAUCUCCAUGAAUUACUCUUGGCGCGUCAAUAUGACGUGGUGGAAGAGAUGUACAACCUGGUCCGAGAAUUGGACUUUGCGCGGAGGCAGUUGUUGCACGAUGUGUUGACUGCAUAUGAGAAGGAGGCAUUGCGGCAAGAAGUGGUCUGGAAGCUUGUUCGCGGUAACAAGAUGCUGGGAGGGGAGGUGAUCGUGCGAGAUCCUGAGCAGAGAGGCCGAUUAUUGACGGGCGAAGAUUGUGCUGUCAAAUUGGCCAAACUCCAAUCCGAGAUGAGCAUGUUGGACGAGAGUCCCACUCAGCACUCUGAUACUGCCUCGCUACAUCAUCUCCUCCUCGAGGUUAAUGCCGUCUCCGGUAACUCCCCAGGUCCAGUCACUCUCGCCGUGCAUCUCUGCUCCCAAACCGAUGGUGGCGCCCCUAAGCCCUUAUCGGAGACAUACCUGCUAGAGAUUCCGUCUCCCGAGUCCUUCGCCAGCAUGGGCCAGAGCAGUAAGUUGAAAACUCUCUUCACUGAUUUAUGCGCCACGGACAUUGGGGAUGGCUCGGCCAACGGUCCGAAACUAUAUCUUGUUGUUGAGGUGCGUGUGCCGGAGACUCCGGCAGUAGGCGCCCCUCUCCAGUCCAGACCGUCAAUCUCUCGAGGUAAUUCCUCGGCUGCGAAAUCGCCAACAUCCGCCGGCCAGCCGGGCAAGAGUAGCCUCAGAACUCGUCGCAGUAUGAUCUGGAGCACUAAGCCGCGGGGCCUUCAGAGCGCCGAGCCAGGGAAGGAAAGCUCCGCGGGGCCGCCCCAAUCUUCCGAGAGUUCUUCCAGUACCAAAGAACGAGCCGAUACCCAGUCUCCAAAGUCAUCCACGACGCUGCGCACUCUUGGGGUCGGUCUGCUGGAAGUAUCGCAGAUCCUUCGGCAAGAGAAAGACGCUGAGCAGGUUGUCAACAUCUGGUCUCCGUCGUCAUGGUUGGAAGAGGGCGAGGGCCAUGUUGAUGGAUUUGACGGGUUGGUACGCACGCUGCUCCCAAGCCCGAGCGGGAAAUACGUGAGAUCUGAGCGCGCGGCUCGCAUACAUCUACAUAUGUAUCCAUUCGUGGACUCCGAUUCCGACGCCCUGGUCCGAAAGAACCCAACCAUUAUGCACAAUGUGGUCCAAACGAAGCGGAUCGGCUUCUCUCAAGCGCCAUCGAAACCUCGGUCCGACAUUUAUGUGACCAUUUCUCACGCUACCUUUCCCCCCGAAGCUCUCCUGUCACAUCCCCAGGCGGGCCAGCUGCUGGUGCCGACAACUACGGGGCUUCGCAACCUGCAAUUGACCCUCGAGGUGCGGGCAGCCUCAGGAUCCCGAGUUGAGAAAUGUGUCUUCCCAUCGUCCAACAACGUAGCACACACAGCAUGGCGGACUACGAUUACGGAACGGGGCACGCCCUGGAACCAGACGAUCCGUUUGAACGUGCCUACGGAGGACAUACCAGGGGCUCAUUUGAUCAUGAGCAUUGCGGACGCUCCCGAGUUUCCUUUCGCCCUGGCAUGGAUGCCAUUGUGGGAUAACCAGGCAUUCAUCCGAGACGGUCCUCAUUCUCUGCUGCUGCAUGCGUACGACAAGCUCACGUCCAGCAUCGAGAACGGCAAGGGUGCCUACCUGUGCCUCCCGUGGAGCUCACUCGGAAAGAACGAAUCGGCCAAGGAUGAAGCGAUUACUGGGCCGCUGGCCACACUGCGCUUGGAGACUUACCUGUGUAGCACUGAAUACUCCCAGGACCAGGUGAUUCUGAGUUUGCUGCACUGGAAGGACCGGCCGGUAGAUGAGGUCUUGGAAACCUUGAAGAGGGUUCUGUUUGUGCCUGAAAUUGAGAUCGUCAAGCAGCUGAGCAGUGUGUUUGAUGCGCUAUUUGGGAUCCUGGUGGAAAAUGCCGGAAAUGAGGAGUAUGAAGAUCUGAUAUUCAACAAUCUUGUGACAGUACUUGGUAUUGUCCAUGAUCGACGGUUCAACCUUGGCCCGCUGGUUGACCACUAUGCUGACAAGCAAUUUAACUUCCCCUUUGCUACCCCCUGCCUGAUGCGAAGCUAUCUCCGUCUCCUUCAGGCUAGUGCCGAUGUCCAACACUCGCGGAGUCUGCGUGCCACAUUCAAGGUCGGUCGACAUGUCCUCAAAUUCAUCAUCAAUGCCAGGCAGCAGCAAAAGGCCAAGGAGGAAGGCAUCGGCAUUACUCGCGUCCAGUCCACUUUCAACCGGGACUUGCAUACCAUCUUCAAAUCGCUGGAAGUCCUCAUGAGGAAUCCGUCACCCGCCAUGGUUGGCAGCAAGACCCUUGUCGUGCAGCAUUUCCACACCUGGCUCCCGGAGCUAUCCAAAGUCAUUGGCAAAGACGAGAUCAUCAUGAUUGCGCUCAGCUUUAUGGACUCUUGCAGCGACGUCAAGGGGCUUCUGGUGCUGUACAAGUUGGUUCUGAUCCAGCAUUACACGCAGCUGGAGAUAUUCGAAUCCGGAGACGAAAGACGGACUUUGAUCUCCAGUUGCAUUGGUUGGCUGGAACCGUACUGGGGAGCCGCUGGAUCUAUCACCGACCAAUAUCGCGAUCAGGUCCGGUUGAGUUGCGCGAUCGUGGCACAGCUUUUGAAGCAGCCAGAUCCGUUGCUGUACGGAUUCAUGCCAAAUAUCGUAUCGUCAUACUAUUCCAUCAUACCGGACGGUGUGGAGGAGACCAGCUAUCUGUCUCUUCUCUUCAACAAGUCUUUCCCCUUCCAGGUCAAGGCCUCCAAAACCAGCCAGAAAUUCGAUGAGGCGCUGGUCGAAUUGUCGGCGAUUAUGGCUGCAACGGCAACGAUCGCCAAGCCGAAGAAGCCGGCACUCAAGGGUCCGGAACUCGCUACGUUUAUUUCCCAAGCGUUCGAGGUUCACAAUUCGAUUUUGAACUGCGAAGCGUAUCCCGAGACUUGGUUUAGUGUGCAUGUGUACAAUCACCGAGCUACUGUAAAGAGCCUGGAAUAUCUCGCUACACUACUGAUCAGCAAGUUUUUGCCCGCGCCGGAUGAUGCAGAGAGCUUUGACACGAGGCUAUGGGAGAGCUUUUUCAUGACUUUACUCAAGGUCGUGUCUAGCGAUGCACUGGCCUUGGAAACAUAUCCCGAGCAGAAACGACGGGCCGUCUGGAAGAUCGCAGGCGACGUUCGCGAGCAGGGCGCGGAGCUACUGCGCUCCAGCUGGGAGGCCAUCGGUUGGGAAACGACAGAUGACGACAGGGAGCGUUAUGGGCUGCGCAAGCUCGGCGGCUACCAGGUCCAAUAUGUGCCUGGCCUCGUGGCCCCUAUCAUCGGACUCUGCCUCAGUGUACACGAGGGAUUACGACAUGUCGCAGUGGAAAUCUUACGGACCAUGAUUCUGAGCGAAUGGGGUCUGAACAAAGAGCUUUCCAUCAUCGAAACCGAAAUCAUAUCCAGCCUGGACCACCUCUUCAAAACAAAGAAGGUGAACGAGAGCAUUAUCCAGAAGCUGUUCGUCAGCGAACUCCUUCAAUACUUCGAGGGCUGCGCUGCCUUUGACGAGGACCUCUCCGAGGCCGUCAAAGGCCUCAUCGCGACCGUCGACGAACUUUUGGAUCUGUUUGUCGCAUCACAGAGCGGCUCGAUGGCCGAAAGUAUGCAUACAUUGCGGUUGAUGGAAUAUAUGAAGGAUAUGGGCCGGGAAGACAUCUUCAUUCGCUACGUCCAUGAAUUAGCGGACUUGCAGGCGGCCGCGGGCAACUUCACCGAAGCCGGGCUUGCCCUCCAGUUCCACGCCGAUCUCUACGACUGGGACCCGAGGCGAGCAGUUCCCGAGGUGCUUGAUCCUCCGUUCCCGGCGCAGACGUCGUUCGAACGCAAGGAAUCGCUGUAUUUUGCCAUCAUCCAGCAUUUCGAGGAUUCCAGGGCCUGGGCCCAUGCGCUUGUCUGCUACAAGGAGCUUGCGGAGCAGUACGAGCACACAGUGAUGGAUUUUGCGAAGCUUUCGCGCGCACAAAGCUCGAUGGCCAAGAUCCACGAAUCCAUUGCCAAGGAGGAGAAGCAGCUCCCUCGCUAUUUCCGUGUGGUGUACAAGGGGCUCGGGUUCCCACCUACCUUGAGGGACAAAGAAUUCAUCUUCGAGGGCGCACCAAAUGAAAGAAUGGCUAGCUUUGUUGAUCGAAUGCAGCGAGAGCAUCCUGCGGCGCAGAUUGUCUCUUCUGGCGAGGUGCAAGACUACGAGGGUCAAUUCUUGCAGAUCACCUCCAUCAGCGCGCACCGGGAUAUGACGCAUCCGGUCUACCAACGGUCGAAAAUUCCACAGGCCGUCAGGGAUCAUCUUUUGAUCUCGGAACCUUCUCAGUUCUCUUCAACGUUGAAGAGACACGUCCGCGGCACGGAUGUGCAGGAGCAAUGGGUGGAAAAGACGAUCUUUACGACUGCCGAGCCGUUCCCGAAUAUCCUCCGCCGGAGCGAGAUUGUCGCCGUGGAGGAGGUUGCGCUGUCGCCGCUGCAGACGGCCGUCGAGCGAACGUGGCGUAAGACGCAGGAACUGUCGUUGCUCGAGCGACGAGCUGCCUCGGGCGAGGAUGCGGGCCUGUCUAGUCUGACGGAGGCGCUGCAGCAGCUGCUUGAUCUCAACUCUUCCUCGGCCAGUUGCGUGGCUCUCUAUCGACAAUUCCUGGCGGAACCUGAUGAGGACGAAACUGAAAAGGCCGAGGAGUCGGCUGACCCGAUGAAGAACGCUUUGGCCGUGGCUCUCAUCGACCAUGCCUUGGCCAUUAAACAUGCUCUUGCGCUGUAUGCCCGUCCGGCGCACCAGGCCACCCAAGCGGAGCUCAUGCGUCAAUUUGAAGAAGCCUUUGCGCCGGAACUCGCCUCGCUUAGUCCUGUGGUGGUCGAGUCCCCGGCAACUCAACGCCAGUCUCCGGUUUCCGCAGAAAGCCGGCAAAAGCAGUCGCAGUCGCGCUCUAUCAGUCCGCGCAACCACGCGCGCAAGCCUUCGGAGAAACCGUCCGUUAGCCAACGGAUCAGCAUUAUGAACCCUUUCAAACGAGCGAACCACGCACCGAACGGGUCAGUGGCCACAGUGAUUGACUUGAAGACGGAAGACAAAGACCAUGACGACGAUACUGCCACGAUCCACAGUCGAACCACCGCUCAGUCCGGGACUCAGACGAAACGCCGGAGCUUUUUUGGGGAGAUGGUCCACAAGCACGGCUCAUCCAUUGCCGCCUCUACGGAGGAAAUACAAAAACAGCGGUCGAGAAGCGGUUCUCGCUCGCAGGACAACCGCAGUCGAAGCGGAUCCCAAUACCACGGGCCGUCUGGAGAUGAUUCUAUCACCAGCGUCAAGGGGGGAGGGGUGGUCAGAGCCACUUCUGUCAGAGACAACCACUCGGUACGGUCUCCUGACCGCAGUCAGGUCGGAUCGCCCGGCGGCCAUUCAUAUAGCCAGUCUCACAGCGGAGGCGUCCGCGACUCUGUGAUGAAGAGGUUGAGCCUCUUCAAGGGAGUGGGUCGCAAGACCAGUCGUCUGGAGAUCCGACCCGAGACAAACGGCGUUCUUCAUGAAGAAUAA